GCUGAGAUCUGCUGUCGUCGCUCUGGCAUUCGCCCUGAACGCCUCCUUCAUCUCCCGCGCCGACGACGCCCUAGACACCGCUGUCGCUUGUCUUUAUUGCUGAAGUCUCUGGAAGAGGGGCCUUCUCUUGUCCCUCCGUUCAUCUUCUGCUCUUCCCACGCGGCGUUCGCCCAUCAAUAGGGACUUCUCUCAUUUCCUCGUCCGACUCCUUUCGCCCCAGCUCCCUUUAAGCCAUGUCUCAAUCCCAAGGUGAUAUCCAAGAGAGGAUUGCGGCUGCGCGCCGUGAGGCCGAGAGUUUAAAAGAGAAAAUUAGGGCCAAAAGAGAGUCCUCCGCUGAUACUAGCCUACGCGCUAUGGCUGCGGAGGUUGAUCCUCUGCCGCGUAUUGUCAUGCGCCCACGGCGCACGUUAAGGGGGCAUUUGGCCAAGAUUUAUGCUAUGCACUGGGCUACGGACCGCCGGCAUCUCGUCUCCGCCUCGCAGGAUGGGAAGUUGAUCGUUUGGGACGCCUACACCAUGAAUAAAGUCCAUGCCAUCCCUUUGCGGUCCAGCUGGGUCAUGACCUGCGCUUACGCCCCGUCAGGCAAUUUUGUCGCAUGUGGUGGCCUUGACAAUAUUUGCUCCAUCUACAGCUUGAACAGCAAAGAGGGACAUGGUGCGAAGGGCGCUCGCGAAUUAAGCGCUCACUCUGGAUAUCUCAGUUGCUGCCGGUUCAUCAACGACAGGCAAAUCCUUACCAGCUCUGGCGAUAUGACUUGUAUGCUCUGGGAUAUCGAGGCCGGUGUGCGCGUAGUAGAGUUCAGUGACCAUACCGGCGACGUCAUGAGUUUGUCCCUGGCUCCUAAUCAGAACACCUUCGUCUCUGGUGCUUGCGAUGCGACAGCCAAGCUCUGGGACAUCCGUAGCGGCAAGGCUACCCAGACAUUCACCGGCCACGAGUCCGACAUAAACGCAGUCUCCUUCUUCCCAAAUGGCGACGCUUUCGCUACCGGUUCCGACGACGCCUCGUGCCGUCUCUUCGACAUCCGCGCCGACCGCGAACUGAAUUCUUUCACCCAUGACAAUAUCCUCUGUGGUAUCACGUCGGUUGCAUUCUCCAUCUCCGGCCGCAUCCUCUUUGGCGGGUACGAUGACUGGACGUGCAACGUCUGGGACACGUUGAAGGGCGAGCGUGUCGGCGUUUUGACUGGUCAUGAAAACCGUGUCAGCUGCCUCGGUGUUAGUGUAGACGGCAUGGCGCUGUGCACAGGGUCCUGGGACAGCACAUUGAGGGUCUGGGCAUGAUCGUACAUUUCUUUGUAUCCUUAUAAUAUUCGUUGUCGUACAUUACACAUGCCCUUGCGUGCCCUCGCUGCCUUCCCGCUUCACUUCUUUCUCUAGGGUCUGCCUCUGUCUUUCUAUAUCCCUAUUCCCUUUGUCUCCUGCGCGUAUGCUCAGCACAUGCCUGGCCGCGCCAGUCUGUCGUUACAGGUCAUCUCUAGCACUCUUUAAACCUCGGUGCAUUUCCUCUGUGGUAUAUUGCCUUGCUGCUAUCAGUUUAUCCAUUGUUACCCCGCUAAAUUUCCCUACUACUUGUUCUCUACGUCUGUGACUGUCUGGUCUGCAUCUAUAUCGGAUAAAUAAGCAUUAAAGCAG